GGAAAGUGGGUGUUUCCCAUCGGGCCUUGCGGCGGCAGCGGCGCGGGCUGCGGGAAUGAGGUAAAGGCGGGAGGGGCGGGGGCGCGCGGCAGGAAGCUCGUUGGACAAGCAGUAACGGCGAGCAGAGCGGAGUGAGCUUGGCCCCAUGGCGGACAACAAGGAAACGCAUGAAGAGCAUGAUACUUCUACUGAAAAUGCAGAUGAUUCUAACCAUGAUCCUCAAUUUGAGCCUAUAGUCUCUCUUCCUGAGCAAGAAAUAAAAACUCUGGAAGAGGAUGAGGAAGAACUCUUUAAGAUGCGUGCAAAGCUAUUCCGAUUUGCAUCUGCGAAUGACCAUCCAGAAUGGAAAGAGCGAGGAACUGGUGAUGUGAAACUCCUGAAACACAAGGAAAAGGGAACAAUUCGCCUCCUCAUGAGGAGGGAUAAAACCUUAAAAAUCUGUGCAAACCAUUAUAUCACACCCUUAAUGGAGCUGAAGCCUAUUGCUGGGAGCGACAGGGCAUGGGUCUGGAACACACAUGCUGACUUUGCAGAUGAAAGCCCCAAGGCUGAACUUCUGGCAAUCCGAUUUUUAAACGCAGAGAAUGCACAGAAAUUCAAGGCAAAAUUUGAAGAAUGCAAGAAUGAAGCAGAAAAGAGAGCAAAGAAAGGCACAGACAAAAAUGAUAGUGCUGAUAAAGUCGCUGAAAAACUAGAAGAGCUUUCUGUAAAGGAAGAGAGCAAAGAAUCGGAGAAGAAAGAGACCAAGGAGAAAAAUGAAGAGAAGCAAUAAAUCAUCCUGGGCCUUGCAGUUUUUCCUUUCUCUUUUUUUAUGUUCUUUUUUUUUUUUUUAAUUUUUACAAGGGACUUUAAGGAACUGAAUUCUCACCGUUCAGGUUGUUUUUUCUAAGCUUUUGCCCUUUUGAAGAUGUCUUCAGAAAAUCCAUUCCCCAGUCAUGAAAAUGUACUGUGCUAACUUUCUUUUCCAUAGUGGAAACACUUAUUUAUAGUCAUCUGAAAGAGUGAAUAAAGCAAACUUGAACACAGCAUCAGAGGACAGAACCGAGUUUUCUAUGUACUUUAAAGGCUUGUUUCAUUGGGUGUUGAGAUGCAUAUCAUCAUAACUUGUGAUUAUGUAGGUUAACAGGCUUUGCCACCAGGGAAGAUUAAGGCAACAUAGAUGUUUCUUACAUGGCUUCUAAAACUGUAGCAUAACAGACCUUCCACCCUUCCUGAGCAGAGAGUGUGCCUGUGAUUCUUGAAAUGCAGCAUACUUCUGGAAUCAGAUUCUAGAUCAUACCUGGCACACUCCUCCAUCAGGCACUAAAAUUAAAGGUGGGAGAGGAAAUGUAUUUUGUAAGACUGGAAGUAUUUUCCUCUUACAAAACAACAUCUCUGCUUCCUCCCCAAAUUUGCUAGUAUUACAAAUGCUUGACAAGCACAAAGUUGUUGCUGUGGUCCCAGAUCUUCCAGGGUGUGCUGCUUGCUGACCAAAGGCAGUAGCAGCAGCCUGUUAUACUGUAUACAAAGGUAUCUUAAAUUGUUCAAGUACCUUACUAUGAGAUUGCCUGUCGGCAUAUAUUUGGGUACAACUUUUAAUUUUGAAGUUGUUUUAUUUUUCAGGGCUUUGGAGCUUGCUUUGUUUUUCAGUAACUGAAGGGAUCCUGAACUCUUAAGAUGCGUGGUGUGAGGCUGUGCCUCAUGGAGAUUGUUGGUCUGACAUUCACUUGGGAACAGCUAAUUAUGUUUUAUGUGAAUGAGGGACACUCUCCUGACUAGAAUGGGCCAAACUGACCAAAUCUCUUCUCUGCAAAUGUUUUCUGUUAUCCCAUCUCAAGUUAGUGCUACAGAGUAGGAAAAUAGUAAGCAAUAAAAUCAAAGUAUUUUUAGUUUUGAUUGAAUUUUACUGUUAACCAGUAAAUACAAGGACAGUAUUAGGUUAAUGAUGGUAUUCUGUGAUACUUCUUCCAAAGUAAUUACAAAAACUGGACAAAAUUUGCUAAACUUUAAGACCAUGUGGUGUGAAAAUUGAAUGGCAAGACCUUUUUAUCUUAGGAAGCUUUCCAAGUAGGUUAGGCUUUGCAGUCCACCUGAGAGAAAUAACAGGUAUUAAAAAAAAGUACCUACUUAGCACUGCCUUUUGAUGCUGCAAUGAAUCAUUCUUAAAUUGGGAACUGUAAUUAAGGUACUUACUGAAUUCAAACAAAAUAAUUCUUUUGGUGUUGUGCAUGUUCCCCUUCAAGUACAGCAGAUACCAACUUAAUUAACAAAGAUGGUUGAGAGGCCAAGUAAAAUGCUCUUUAGUGUUUCUGGUUUGGAAAUAACAAGACAAAGCUAUUAUGAAAUACUUAACAUUUGAAUGUAAAAGCCAAAUCUUUAUCCAUGAGUCACUGUAAAUUCCCUGAUCUGAUAAUGUCAAACAGUGUGUCUAAAUUGACAGGAAUUACAUUUUAAGAAUUUCAAAAUAAAUUUAAAUUUUCAUUUAAAGGAUUUGCCUUUUAUUUAAAGAACUCUUACUGGGAAUGUAUUUUUAGCCUGCAGGGGCAUAGUGAUGAAGGCAGCAAAAUGGGUGAGUUUGAUUUCACUGUCAAACAUUGUACAGAAGAGGGGAGGAAACACUUGAAUCGCUUAAUUUAUCUUAAUCCUAAAAUUGGCAACUGCUUCAUUUUGUUACACUCUCUUCUUCCCCUCUUUACUUAUUCAUGCAUGCUUAAAUGAUUUCAAGAUGUUUCCAUUCCUGUUUAGGUUAACUGAUCCAUGUUUACACUUCAUGGAUUACAACCAUCCUUGAGACAAGUCUGCAAUCUCAGAGACAAGUUAGGAGGGACGACUUAAGUAAAAUAAUUUCUCUGGAUAACGUUUGAAUGAAGAAUGUCUUAGCCUUCUAAACUAAAGGAUGGUUAGUCAGUGUUCUGGUCACUUUAGAAGCCAUAGGUGUGCUGCUCUACAAAGUAAAAAGCAGUAAGUAUUUUUAAAAUUGAUCUCAGUGAAAUAAAGCUUUUAUGUAAGUCACUGUAAUUAUUAACUUUCCUAUAUGUAACAUAGUCUACCGAGAGAUGUCCUUGAGAUGUUUUUGUAGCUUAUUGUAUAGCAAGUGUUUUAGAGUUGUAGCUGAUGUUGUGUCUUGUCUCCCCCAGCCCAGGUCACCAGUUACUCAUGCUUUCAACCAUCUUCACUGCUGAGGCUUAUUGAGAUGAUAAAACCUGGCCUGUCUUGUCAAACAAUAUAGCGUCUUAAAUAAUAGCUUGGCUCAGAAAUUGUAAUAACCCUUUUCAGAAAAGAUGGGCUCCUAGUGCAAAAGCUCCUUCCUGAAUUUGUGGGUAACUACUAAAAUGUAUCAGUUGCCUUAUACUUGUUUCUGAAAUAGCAGUAACUUCAGUGUGAUCUAAAUGUCUGAACCAGGUUGAGGGUAUUGUAUCAGUAAAAAUGAUCAUGGAGAAGCUUUUCUAAUUCAUUGUUCAGCCACUGUACAGAAUUCACUUAAUCUUUAAUUUCUGCACUUUAUAGGGGUGUGUUGAGACUUAAUUUGUCUCUAGGGUCCUCAAGACAAAUUGGGUCCUAGGCUAUUUUAAUAUGUGCUGUGGAGUAGUGGCUACUUCCCCUUUUAUUCCAGGUGAGGCAAGGUAACUCCUAAAAUAAUGGGGAAUGUAGUUUUGUUGGUGCAGCUGGCUAAAGAAUAAAAUCUUUUUAAGCACUCAGUGUUAAUAUAGCUGAACCUUGGAGAAGGUAUGAGUGAAGAUUUUUAAGAGGUUUUAAUCCAUUUUCAGUAAAAAUGGAAUUGCUAGUUGCUGAAGUCUGUAAUUUGUACAAAUCCUGCUUGCUUCAAGCUCAGAAAGAUGCCAUACAGUCAGGCUUAACGCAGCCUUUGUUGGUACUAAUGGUUUUGUGUGCAUAAAACUGGAUGGAGGAGUGUCUGAGGACACCUGAAUAGUGAAUUUAACUGAGAAAUAGCUACAUUUUGAAGAGCAUCAAAAUAAAAUCUUAACAAGUAGUUAGUCUUGGGGGGGGGGGAA